GCCGCCCUGCGCAUGCGCGGAGCCGAGUCCCGCCCGCGGAGCUCCGGGAGCCGCUCGGGACGGGAUCGGGAAUCGGCGCCCCGAGAUGCAGAUGGAUAACUGGAUAUGUAAUACCUGUGUUCAGAAGCCAUGAAUUCCAGAAAAUUACUCUCAGAAACACGGAGAACUUUUCCUGCUCCCAAAGCCCCCUGCCAGCAGCCAUCGCGGAUCCUCAUCGUGGACGCCACGUCCCCGUCCUGGGCCAAGACGUGCUCAGUGCUCUGCGAGGCUCUGGAGAACACGCUGUGCCUGGCCUGUGGCCUGGCAGGGCCCUGCCGUGUGCCCCUGCUGAGCCUCUACGUGGUGCAGCCCCAGCAGGAGUGUCUGCUGCCCUUCACGCAAGUGAAAGAGAACUUUGCGCGAGUCCAAGCCUGCCUUUCGGAGCUGCGCUUGCUCCCAGCAGAAGGCUCUUUCCCACAGGGGGGAACUGGAGUGGUACAAGCUGUGCAGGAUGGAUUGCAGCAAUUCAAACAGUACAGCAGACACACAGCAGCAGGAGGCUCAACAAACAGUUCUGUUGAGAUCACAGUUCUGACUAGCCAGUCCAGCAAAGAAAUGGUAAAACAGCUGGAAAAGAAGUUAAAAGAUGUAGACCUUGUGAGUCUGCGAAGACUACAAGUCAUUGAGGUUCUGAAGAGAGACUUCCUGGAGCCCGAGGAGGUGGAGCAGUGUGUGCCAGCAGAAGAGCCCAGCAGCAGUGAUAUUGCAAUCCUGGGAAUGGAUAUUGAUGUGCAAAGCGUAGAGGACAAUGUCAUCAGCUUGGAGAUGCUGUUUAAAACAUGGCUCCAUGACUAUGGCACGGAGAGGGAGCAGCUCCAUCUCCUCCUUCCACUGGGAGGUUUCAGCCAUGCUGCUGCACCCAAGAGCACCAUAAUGUGCCUGAAGUGCGACCUGCAGGAGAGGCUGCUCGACCCAGCUCUGCUUUCGGGGCCGGCUGAUGGCACUGGGAGAGCAGCAGAUGCCAGUUCUCCCUGGCACGUGGCAGCCUGGCCAGCCACAGGGCUGCACAGACUCCGGGUGGUAAAGGCUCUGAAGUCUGAAGGUGUCUGUGAGUCUGUACUGUAUGGCCUGCCCUUCAUCAUCAAGCCCACGAGCUGCUGGCAGCUGGACUGGGAUGAACUGGAAACAAACCAGCACAGCUUCCAUGCUUUAUGUCAUAGUCUUCUGCAAAGGAAGUGGAUGCUUUUGGCCAGGCACGAACCUCAGAACACCAAUCCAAACUGGAACAUUGGGGUGCAUUCCUAUUAUGUCAUCGUCCCUUCCGACUCUGCCACUCUACUUGUCAAAGCAGUCGCCAUCAGGGAGCUCCUGCUGCCUUCAGCCUUCCCAGCCCUCCUUGCUGAGCACCCCGAGCGCAUCCGUGGCCCCAUAGAGAGUGCCCUGAACAGCUUGGAAGUGGAAGUUGCUUAUAACCCCUUACACCUAAAAAGCAACCUCUACAAAUACCUGAAGAGUUGGUUGUACAAAGCUCCACAUCGGCAGCAGGCCCAGCCCCGGGAGCAGCGCCCGGAGCGGCAUCAGCCCAAGCAGCCCCAGAGCAGAGCCAAAGCUGCAGUGGCACCCCUUCUGAUGGCUCCCUCUCCCCUCCAAACAUUCAGACCAGCAGCAGCGAGGAGAGACUCCUGUGAGCGCUCCCCCCUCCCCAGGGAGUACGAUGAGUUCCUGCAGUGAAGCCCAGGCUCUGCUGGGGCUGCCCAUGUGCAGUCACAGCUCAGCUUCUUGCUCAGCUGCACCGGGCCGGAAGCGGUCAGGCAAGACAGAGCUCAGCCUUGGGCACACAGGCACUUCCCAUCGUUUGUUCCUCCUGGUUGUUUUACAGUUCUGUUCGGCACCGAGUCAGUCGACAGGAAGUUUCUGCUCUGGGACCCUCUGUCCAGAGAUCCAGCUAUCCCCCACAACACCACGUAUUUCCUGUUCUUGUCUGCACACAUCACAAGCAUGCCUCAAAUUUGGGUUUCUGAGACUGGGCUAACACAGGCCACAAACCACAGAUUGCUGUCAGCGGGUGCGGAGGAGCUGCAAGCAGGGUGGGGAGGAAAUCAGACAGACAAGGCAGGCAGUGACACCGAGCUGCCUUCAUCCUGCAGCAGCAGGUUCAGUGGGGUGCCUGGAAUUCCUUAAAGCUUGGAAUUCUGCCCUCCCAGGCACAGCACUACCCAUGAUGAUGAUGAUUUGCUUGCUUCCGAGGCUGGCCUCGCUGUCCAACACCCCAGCCAGUGAAGGGGUUUGUAGCAAGUGCCAAGCCAGGGCUGGCUCCUGCACAGUGACAUCUCAUGCAGUUGGAACUGCAGCACAGCCCCAGCCCCAUCUCCUCCUCCCGGACCACCUGUGCUAUGGGGCUGGUCCACGAGCCAACACAGCAAUACUUUUUGGCAGGGUUCAGAAGAUUCUCAGAUCAUAGUAUGACAUGGCAGGGGAAAAAUGCAGCACCACACUGGCCUAGAGCUUUUCAAGAGAGUUUCUGCCCAGUGCUGGCACAUGUCAGCCUGGUUUUCAGUGCAGGUGUAGGGCAGCUGCCCCUGGCAGGGCAGAAGCUGAGGGCAGCUCAACCAAGCCAAGGUGGGGUGGUCUCUACCAGCCCCCAAUGCCAAGCACCAGCACGGUUUGUGUUCUACUUACUUUGUUCUGACAAGCUGUUUCAAAAUAAAGUUAUCCACCAUAAUGUUCA